UCUAACAACAGGGCUGGUCUCUGCUCCUUCUCAUGACAGCCCUAUAAAUGCAGCCUGGCUCCUCACUCCCCACACGCUGGCCUUCUGCUCAUCCUUCCUCCAGGUGACUCUCAGCCAUGAAGACACUUGUCCUCCUCUCUGCCCUUGUCCUGUUGGCCAUCCUGGGCCAGGCUGAUGCUCUCCCUGAAGCAACUGAGGAGACUAAAAAUGAGGAUCAGCCAGGGGUAGAGGACCAGGAUGUGUCCAUCUCCUUUGGAGGCCCAGUAGGCGAUGCUCUUCAAGAUGCAGAUCCAAGAAAGAUCCCCAUGUGCUUCUGUAGAAAAAGAACCUGCAGAUUUCUUGAACGUCCAGUUGGCAAGUGCGGCAAAGGCUCUGUAUUCUGCUGCCGCUGAGACCAGAGACAAGAUCACCAUGUGCUCUGAGACUUUAUCAUC